UCAGUCAGUCGGUCAGUCGGUCGGAACCAGCAGCGGACUUACAACAACACAGAUCUCACAUUUUAAUUAAACUGCGAAUGGACUUUUAUUAUUUUAUUGUUUGAAGUGGAGCUGAAUAUUCACCUGUGACUGCAAACGGACUUUACCUGCCGGAUACUCAGGACUCAUUGAAUGUCUUUAUACCUCACCUCGCUCAUUGUGUGAUCAUAACGUGGAUUAUCACCGUGUCAACGCACCGUUCACCGUUUACCGUUUUUUUUAAAGCACGUCAAUAUUUAUUGGACCACGUUAAACCGUAAGUUUGACAUGAUGGAGGCGUUCGGUAUUUUAAUAAUAACGAAUUUUUAAACUUUUUUCAUUUUAUUGUAUUUUAUUUUUAACUUGACUUUUACCGUCAUAGACGUUGGACUUUAUUAAAUUAUAAUAUUUAAAUUUAACGGUUGCUGCUGUCAUAGCGACAGAACACCGCGCACGCGCCCGCCGCUCACAGAGGGGCACGCGCCGGGCACGUUUUCGCGGGCAUCGAUGGUUAGCUAGUUUACCGCCAACAAGAACAACAAGAAACAAACAAACAUGGAGAGCAAAGCUGACAGCCGCUGAGUUAACAGGGAUAAAUUAUUCAGCUGUGGUGGAAGUGGACUACCUGCAGGGGUGGAGAGGAUGGCCCGUUGGAAGGAGGGAGCCGCUCUCCUGCUGGUUCUGCUGGUUCUGCUCGACCUGCAGCUGGUCGCCUGCCGAUCGUCUCGACACCGCAGCUUGAGGCGUCAAACUCGAGGGGAUCGCGACCGCCGGCCGCGCCAGAACAUCACGCUGGCCGUCAUUUUACCGCAGAGCAACACACAUUACCCUUGGGCUUGGCCUCGCGUCGGUCCUGCCCUAGAACGAGCCGUGAAAACCAUCAAUGCGGACCCCACCUUGCUCCCUGACCACCACCUCACCUAUGCCUUCAAGAACAGCGAAAACAAGGACGGCAUCUGCUCCGAGUCCGUCGCUCCGCUCAUGGCCGUGGACCUUAAACUUGUGUACGACCCGUGGGCUUUCAUCGGGCCCGGCUGCUCCUACACCUCCUCCCCCGUUGGCCUUUUUACAACCCACUGGGAAGUUCCCAUGGUUACGGCGGGCGCCACGGCCGUGGCUUUUUAUGGCGGCGUCUAUCCGUCCAUCACCAACACAGGCCCCACCCACAGGAAACUCGGGAGGUUCGCCCUGCGGGUCUGUGAGCACUUUGGGUGGAGGGAGCACGUGAUGCUCGUGUUCAGCGACAACAAGGUGGACGACCGGCCGUGUUACUUUGCCGUGGAGGGUUUGUUCACGGAGCUGCGGAGCAUCAACAUCACCCUCGUGGACAGAGUGUUCGAAGAGAACAAGCCGCCGGUCAACUACACCCAAAUCCUCUCCGACAUUCAGAACGAAGGCAGAGUGAUGUUCGUCUGCUGCUCGCCGGACGUCUUCAGGAAGUUGAUGGUUCAGUUUCGUCGAGCUGAUCUUCCUCACGAGCAGUACGUCUUCUUCUACAUCGACGUGUUCGGAGACAGUCUGAACUCCAAACAGGGACAGCCGUGGGCCCGUGGGGACGAGGACGACGCCAUCGCCAAGGAGGCUUUCCAGAGCGUGAAGAUCCUGAUGUACCGCGAGCCGCAGAACCCCGAGUACAAAGAGUUUGUCAGGAACCUGAAGACGGACGCCAGAAAGAUGUUCAACUACACCGUGGAGGACUCGCUGAUGAACAUCAUAGCUGGAGGCUUUUACGACGGUUUGAUGCUCUACACUCACGCUCUGAACGAGACCAUGUCGAUCUCCGGCGGCCGGCCUCCAGGGAAAGAUGUCACAAAGAGGAUGUGGAACCGAACCUUCCAUGGUGUAACAGGAAUGGUCCACCUGGACGAGAACGGAGACAGAGAGACAGACUUCGCUCUGUGGGACAUGAUGGACACCAACACCAGCACCUUCCAGAUAGUGUUGGUGUACAACAGUUCGGAGGAGCAGCUGACCUUCAUACCUAGAACAGCUCUGCACUGGCUGGGUGGAGUUUGUCCACCUGAUGUUCCCACCUGCGGCUUCAAGAACGACAACCCCAUCUGCCUCGCAAAGACGAUCACCAUCCACCAGAUGGUUUCCAUCGUGCUCUUCCUCAUCCUCACGAUGACCCUCACCAUCACCGUCUUCAUCUACAGGAGGAUGAAGCUGGAGAAGGAGCUGGUGGCUCAGCUCUGGAGGAUUAGCUGGGACGACAUCCAGAUGAGCAACCUGGACAAAGUGCUGCGCAGCGGCAGCAGGCUCACACUGUCACUGAGAGGCUCUAACUACGGCUCCCUGCUGACCGGAGAUGGAAACCUGCAGGUUUUUGCAAAGACCGGCUACUACAAGGGAAACAUCGUGGCCAUUAAAUACACCAACAGGAAACGCAUCGAGCUGAACAGGAAGGUGCUGUUUGAGCUCAAACAUAUGCGAGACGUUCAGAACGAACAUCUGACCCGGUUCAUUGGAGCGAGCAUCGACCCACCAAACAUCUGCAUCAUCACAGAGUACUGUCCCAGGGGGAGUCUGCAGGACAUCCUGGAGAACGACAGCAUCACUCUGGACUGGAUGUUCAAAUAUUCUCUCAUCAACGACAUCGUCAAAGGCAUGGUGUUCCUCCAUAACAGCGUCAUCUUGUCUCACGGUAAACUCAAGUCGUCUAACUGCGUGGUGGACAACCGCUUCGUCCUGAAGAUCACAGACUACGGUCUGUCCAGCUUCCGAUGUGACAGCGACUCAGGAAAAGACGCUCAUGCUUACUACGCCCAGAGGCUGUGGAUGGCUCCAGAGCUGCUCAGGAUGGAGGCUCCUCCACCUCAGGGCACUCAGAAAGGAGACGUCUACAGCUUCGGCAUCGUCCUCCAGGAGGUGGCGCUCCGCAGAGGAGCCUUUUACCUGGAGGGAGACCCGCUCAGCCCUAAAGAGAUCGUGGACCGGGUGGUUCUGGGCGAGUGGCCCUGCCUUAGACCGAGCAUCGACCCCCAGAGUCACAGUCCGGAGCUGGGUCAGCUGAUGCAGCGCUGCUGGGCCGAGGAGCCGACGGAGAGGCCAGAGUUCAACCACAUCCGCGUGCUGCUGCGCAAACAGAACAAGGAGUCGAGGACCAACAUCCUGGACAACCUGCUGUCCCGUAUGGAGCAGUACGCCAACAACCUGGAGGAGCUGGUGGAGGAGCGAACACAAGCGUACCACGAGGAGAAACGCAAGGCUGAAGCUCUGCUGUACCAGAUACUACCACACUCGGUGGCGGAGCAGUUGAAGCGCGGUGAGACGGUUCAGGCUGAAGCCUUCGACUCCGUCACCAUCUACUUCAGCGACAUCGUGGGAUUCACGGCCAUCUCUGCAGAGAGCACGCCGAUGGAGGUGGUGACUCUGCUGAACGACCUCUACACCUGUUUCGACGCCAUCAUCGACAACUUCGACGUUUACAAGGUGGAGACAAUCGGCGACGCCUACAUGGUGGUGUCAGGGCUGCCGGUGAGGAACGGGAAGCUGCACGGCAGAGAGAUCGCCCGCAUGGCCCUCGCCCUGCUGGGCGCCGUCCGAACAUUCAGGAUCCGCCAUCGAUCGGAACAACAGCUGAAGCUGAGGAUAGGAAUACACAGCGGUCCGGUGUGUGCUGGUGUGGUGGGUCUGAAGAUGCCUCGGUACUGUCUGUUCGGUGACACCGUCAACACGUCAUCACGUAUGGAGUCCACAGGAGAAGCGCUGAAGAUCCACGUGUCGGCGGCGACUCGCGACGUCCUGCUGGAGUUCAACUGCUUCCAGCUGGAGCUCAGAGGAGACAUCGACAUCAAGGGCAAAGGAAAGAUGACCACCUAUUGGUUACUGGGAGAGAGCGACAGCCAAUGACAGAACACCUUGGACAGGAAGGCGACGUGGGGAAGGAAGGAGAGGACGGAGGAGAAGGAAACAAGGGAAAGAGAGGAGGGGGGAGGAGAGAAGGAGAAGGUGGAGAAGGUUUCUCCUCUGAGGGUGUCGUGGUCCUGCAGCAGAUCUGAGGAAGACGUCACUGCUGCGCACAUGACAUGAACGGACUGUUACAUGUUUCCACGUUCAGAGUUUUACAGAGAAACCUCGAGUCCAUCUGAAUCAUCUUCUUCUUUUUGGCUCCACCGCUGACUUAUAAAAUGUGUCUUCAACAGUCCAGGACCAGGAUCAGGUCUUAGUUUAGCCUCGUUGGGAUCAUCUCAUCCCCCUGUGAGAGUCUCCACACUAAAGUCUUCGUCCUUUAAAGUCUUUUCUCUUGCAGGACCGAGCAGCACAGUUUGAGAGUCUCAGCUUUGUGUCACGUGUCCGUCAGUGAGGCGCCUCAUUCUGCUGAUGACCUCCCAGAUGGUUCUGUGAAACAAACAAAGGCCAGGUACUUCUUCUGGGCCACAGAGCCGAAAACACCCACAGGUACUUUACAGUCAGGCUGAAUCCAAACGUGUCCACCUUCAGUCAGACGUCAUGUGACGCGUUCACUGUCGUCACGUCCGGACGUUCCAAGCAGCAGGCGUACUUUUGCAUCGUGAUGUGGUCGAAUGAUUUAAUAAAGUUAAAAUGUUUCACACGUUCAGAAGUUCUUUUUGCUCUGUGUUUUCAAACCACAGCAACACUUCUGUGUUGCAAUGAAUUGUGGGUGACGUAGUGAAGGCUGCUCUUGCAGACUUGUGGAUUUCCCUGAGGGACGUCCAAGUCCCGUCCGCGACGCCCUCACAUGGACUACCAGACUUCCAGAGAGGCCGCUUGUGGUGCAGACCACAAUUCACUGUAACACAGGUGUGACUAAAAAAGAAACCACAGCUUGGCGUGAUGACGGUGGACACGUCGGUCCAGAGGACGGACAUUUGGAUUCAGCUUCACAGGAGAAAAGACGGUUUCACCUCCGUCAAAGAGCAGCUGAAACCUUCAGGCCCGUGAACGGAAACACGAGCGCGUCGUGAAGUUGGACAAUCAUAAAUCAGUUUGGAUCAGUCUGCAGCUCAAACAAAUGUUCCUGUUUUUAAACCUGAAGUUUCUUUUUGUACAAAUAAAAGACGUUCAGUCACGCGGCGCUGCAAACACACGGUGGACCUCUGGGGAUCAAACCUGUGACAUCAGUUAUAAGAUCCCAUCCCUGCGCUCGGACGCCUUCCUGGACUCAAAACGUGGGACAAACUAUUUUCUCGUAGAUUUUAUAGAUUCACGAGCUGAAAAAGCCUCAAACUGUCUUAAACUGAUAUUUUUAUGUCGUGACAUCACAGCAUCGUCUCGCUCGGUGUUCUUCUUCCCCUCUGGUGCCAUUUUGCAUCCCGGCUAAAGGUUAGCCUCAGUUCAAGUGUCAAUGAGCCAUUUGUUGUUACUGGGGAUCGAACCAGCGGUGUUUGUUUGUUUGACCUGUCGUGGCCUGAAUAAAAUGCUGUGCAGAGCCGUUUGUUCUGGGAUGUUGUUACUGACGUUCAGGCCGAGGCCACAGAGGAAACUUGAUUUCUUUCUCAUCAGUGUCACUGCAGGAGGCCGUGCUAUAACAGCCAGAAUGCACUGGACUGAUGUGCGUUAUUCCUCAGUAAACACACAACUGUGGAUUAUUCCACGUUCUACUACAGAACAUUGUUACAAUCAAUCAGCAACGACUGGAGAACGUCCUGAAGUUCUCAAACUGAAACCUCAGAUGAACCUUCAAAGAAGUUUGAGGAGAAUUAAAAAUACAGAAGAAUUCAAAGAAAUUCAGCUGAGGUGAAAAAGUGAUUUUUAUUGAAGGUGAAACAUUGAAGUGAUGAAGUGCAGAUGUUUAAACAGACACAGCAUAGGACGAAUGAUUAACUACA